CUUUUGUCCGCUCCACCUCCAUGUCACGACAGUUUGGCCAGCAAGCUCGAGAUGCCUCACAGUCCUCACUGGCAGCCAGCCAGGUCGCACCCACGUCGCCGGCCUCGCCGCAUCGCCUUCGACCUACUCCAUCUCGACUGGCUCUAGAGCGGGCUCAGAGUCGGACAGCCGUUUGGCGCCUCCCCUCACAUGGAGGCGGCGGGUCUCUCCUUUCCCAGGAACCCACAGCCACAACCACGGAUGGGUCGGAAGGCGGGGUGCCUGGCACCGCGCCCAGCCCACAGCGACGCACCGGGCCUCCCUUCUUUCGCCUGGUCUGCUCGCUACGCUGUCUCAUGCUGACGGUGAAUGUAACUGUCAUCGCCGUGUGCAUGGCCAUCAUCACCUCGGUGUGUGUGAUCGAGGCCGAGCGCUUUGCCUCGAUUUCACUUGAGCAAGUGGGCACCAGCCAGCUGACGCAUGCCAUGUCCACACUGGAAGAUGUGCUCACGGCUGUCGGCCGUCGGGCGGCUGCCGCCCAUGGCAUUGCCCUGACCACUGGCUUGGUUCCUGGGGCUGACCCGGAUUCGGAACUUUCCUUGGCAUGGGCAUCAUCACUGCUGCGCACGGUUACAGGGCCGGACCAUUCGGUUUCGGCAUUGCUCAAGGACCCCGACCUCGAAAGGGACUUUUCCCCGGUCGGCAUGGGCGCUGCUCGUACUGUGGAGGGGCCGACCUCGGCUCCGGGAGACAUCCAAGCCACAUUCGCCAAUGAUCGACGCCUCUCCUGGGAUGGCUACCUUCGGGAGGCAUUUGCCAUCGAUCUGGCAAGCGCCGCCUUUGCCGGCGUGCGCCGAGUCUUCCUCGGCCAAUGGGGCUUCAAUGAGAUUGCCUCUCUGCCGGACAUGCCGGCAUUUGUGCUUCGGUCACGAGCCGAUCCGCCAUCCUAUGCGCUGGCCCACCUUUCAGAUGCCGGCCAGCCGGUGCCACCUGGACUGCCUGGCGGUGUGGCGCGAAUCGCCCGUCUGAUCGUGAAGCCGGAGUGCGGUGAAUACACCGGGUCAGCCUCAGGAUCAGGGUCAGCCUCAUCACUGAUCUCUGCCUCUGCCUCUGGGAUAUCUUCCACCUCCUCGAGCUCGAUCCCCUCUUCAGAUUCCUCUCCCUCCUCGCCGGGGUCGGCCUCCUCGCCGGGGUCGGCCUCCUCGCCGGGGUCGGCCUCCUCCUCCUCGCCGGGGUCGGCCUCCUCGCCGGGGUCGGCCUCCUCGCCGGGGUCGGCCUCCUCACCGGGAUCAGCCUCCUUGUCAGAUUCCUCCCCUGCCUCGGACUCCCUUUCCUCUCCAGGCUCACCGUCUUGCUCUGGCUCAGCCUCCUUCUCGGGUUCCUCUCCAUCGUCCUCCGGCUCCUCUGAUGACCCUCCGCCCGUCUAUUACGAGCAAUGCAAGGCGGUUGGCAUGAGCCCGACGAGCUAUGCCCUCUCGACGGUUCACCUGCCGGCAGGCUCGGGCCAGUCUGCCCUUGAGCAGGCCCCCGCCCGCCGGACAUCGAUUGUGCCCCUGGCCAAUCUAGAGCGCGAGAGCCUGGCAAAUGCGCCGGCUAUGGCAGCUGAGCCUUGGGCCGGCUUUGGCCAGCCAUACGUCAUGGAGGCCGGCGUGGGCCCCGGUGCCAUGGAUCCAAGCAGCACCAGCACCCCAGUCUAUGGGGGUUUCAGCCCGGAGCCCGGGCUCACCUGUGGCCUGGCUUUGUCGGUCCCCCCCGGCCAUGGGGAUCCUGGGCUGCUAACUGCCGGGGAGCUGGGCACUUGGCGUCGGGUUUUGGUUGGUGUGGAUUUCCCCAUGCACUCGGUGUCGCGCAUCCUCUCCGAGACGACACUUCUUUUCGGGGCGCCCCCGGGCUCCGUGAAGCUCUUCUUGGUGGACAAGCAGGGGUAUAUUGUGGCUGACUCGUCAGCUGCCGAGGCAAAUGAUCCGCAAUUGCUGCUCCGGUGGCAUGGGCGCACGCCAGACCCCACGACCGGGGCCUUUGACUCGCCAGCCGAGCCGACCGCGGCCCUGGGUCCCGGUGCGUCGCGCUUCUGGCGGCUGAUUACCCCCCAGGAGUACUUCGAUCAGGAUGUCCGCGACACGGCAACCGCCAUGGUUGGUGACAUGGGCUCCGGUCGCAACACCACCGGUGUCUUCGCGUCAUGGCAAGCAUUCAUCGAAGGGGCGCCCCCUCAACAUGGAGCUCCGCAGCGUGCGGUCCAAUUCGGGCCAUACACCCUGCUGGAUGUUACCCACGCCGGGAAGGACCUCAUGAUCAUCGAGCUCCUCAUCGGGGCCGGUGGGCCGGGAAUCAUGGAUUCAGGCAAUCCGCGUCUGGAAUUUGCCCUGGUGGCCAUUGUUCACCAGGCGCCCUUCCUCGUCACCCAACGGAACACCUUUUACAUGGCUCUCCCGCUGGUGUUCUUCGGAUGCCUGCUGGUGUGCAUCAUCACGACGGCCGUCAUGUCGCACAUCUUCUCCGAGCAUCUGCGCGCGGCUUCGCAGCAGAUGGUGGCUGUUGCGACGCUCACAAAUGCCAGUGGGCCCAAGCGCACCCCCCCAAUCAUGCGGAACUUCCGCACCAAGGAGCUCAUCCGCAUGAGCAGCGCCCUGGAUGCCAUGGACCGCGGCUUGAACUCCUUCAGCAAAUACGUCCCUCGAGACGUGGUCCGCCUGUUGCAGCGCAGCAAGAGCGAGGCCAUUGCCGGGGUGGUUCCGGUCGAAUUGACCAUCUUCUUUUCCGACAUCGCCGGGUUCACCUGCCUCUCGGAGCAACUGGCCCCCGAGUCACUGGUGGACCUGAUCAGCCACUAUCUGCACGAGAUGUCGACCGUCGUCCAUGAGGGAGGCGGCGUGGUGGACAAGUACAUCGGCGACGCGGUGAUGGCCUUCUGGAAUGCGCCGCUCUAUGCGCCGCAGCAUGCCAUCCUUGCUGGCUUGGCGGCCCUUCGAUCGCAUGAGCGCCUGCGUGCUCUCCGGCCCCAGUGGCGAAAGCGUGGCUACCCUCUGAUUGAGUCGCGCAUCGGCCUGAACACUGGCAUGGCUCUGGUUGGCAACCUUGGCUCCUCGGAGCGCUUGGCCUAUACGGCGGUCGGGGAGGAGGUGUCCCUGGCUGGGAAGAUGGAAGAGCUGAACAAGGAUUACGGCACCCAGAUCCUUAUCACCGAGUCCACGUACCGCGGCUGCCGGUCGCGGCUUCUCUGUCGGCCGGUGGACCGAAUCCAAGUGGCCGGCCAUUCGGAACGCCAUGCGGGCGCCGAAGGGCACCCACGCACUCGAAGCAUGGUCAUCUAUGAGCUGCUGGCCGCCAAGGAGCAGGUUCCUUUGGAAUUCCUGCGCGAGGUGGAGGCCUUCAGUCGGGCUUUCACCCAAUUUGAGGCUGGCCAAUAUGCCGAGGCUUUGGAAGCCUUCCAACGAUAUCACACCUUGUACGGCCCAGACGAGGCGUCCGGUCGGCUGAUAGCUCGAGCGACAGCGGCCCUGCGCAAUGCAGCUGGCGGUGAUGCCAGCGCCCAUGCCAGCAUCAGUCACUUGGCUCAGGAUGGGCCCGGGACACCGGCGACCGUCGAAUCGAUGGCCGUCGAAUCCCGCGCCCCCUCGGUGGCCUCUGCCAGGUCGUAUGGCGCCUCGGUGUCCAGCCUGACGGACGGGUCGUUUUCCGUGGCCGAUGCUGGCAGCAGCAGCGGCGCCGCGUCGGCCGCCCCCUCACAGCGCUCACGCUCGUCGCUCUUCUCGCUCGAGGAUGGGCCCUCCAUGGCGCUGGACGAUCUCAAUCGGCCGGCCACGGUCACCGUCGCGCCGGACCUGCGCGCCCAUCUUGAGGGUGGGCUAUUUUACCAGCUCGCCAGCCACCACCGGUACUUCGAUCUUGAUGCCGGCGAUGUGUCGACCCAGCUCGAAAGCGAGACCGAGGAUUCCCCCAGCCCGGAUCUGCCCGGUGCCCCCGGCAGUGGCGGAGGGCCAAGCCCCCCGCUUGAUGGCCUGGAUCCCGAUCUGGACCUGGUUGACGAUUUGCCGAAAUUCCUCCUGCCCCUGGUCCGGCGCCACUCCUCGAUGGCCGACAGCAUGCUCGUGGAUUUGCCCCCGGCCGGGGGCCAUCCCCGACGGCUGGCGCCCCAUCCCAUGCAUCUGGACCGUGUUGUCGAGGACAGCGAUGAUUGUGACUCCGACUACGAACUCACAAGUGCCAAUCCCAGCCCGGUGAUACCGCAGCUCCUGGUGGACGAUGAUGAUGGCCUUUCGGCCGCCUGGCGUGGACCCGACCUGGGAAAUGUCGACGUCGGCGAUCUACUCCUCUAG